GCUGCAGGGCAACACCCCGGCGUCCCUGGAAGCGGGGAGCCGGGGUGGGGCUGGGGAAGCUGCGAAGACCCCGGAGUGGUCGCCCAGAACCUCCAGGGGUAGGGGACAGGUGUUUGGGCCCAGACCAAUCAUGGCCGGACGACCAAUCCGAAUAGGAGACCAGCUGGUCCUGGAGGAAAAUUAUGAUGAGACCUACAUUCCCAGUGAGCAAGAAAUUCUUGAGUUUGCCAGAGAGAUUGGUAUUGAUCCCAUCAAGGAACCAGAACUGAUGUGGCUGGCGAGGGAGGGCAUUGUGGCCCCACUACCUGUGGAGUGGAAACCCUGCCAGGACAUCACAGGUGACAUUUACUAUUUCAACUUUGCUAAUGGGCAGUCCACGUGGGACCAUCCGUGUGAUGAACACUAUCGGAACUUGGUGAUCCAAGAGCGGGGGAAGCUGUCAGUUCCUGGGGCCGCUAAGAAGAAAGACAAAAAAAAGAAAAAGGAAAAGAAAGACAAGAAGGACAAAGAGACUGUGAAAAGUGCCCUGGGCCUGGGUUCCUCGUUAGCCCCAGUUCACGUUCCUCUCGGGGGCCUGGCUCCUUUACGAGGCCUUGGGGAUGCCCCACCCCCAGCUCUUCGUGGAUCUCAGAAUAUGAGCCUGGGGAGCUCAGUGGAGUCUGGUCAGCUUGGAGAACCCACACUGGGUCUCAAGACUUCUGCCUUUGCAAAGGGUCUCUUGGGCUCUAUCAAUGAGGACAAGAAUGCUCUCAGCCUCUUGGCUUUAGGAGAGGAGAUCAACGAGGAGGAUGAGGAGGAAAGUGACAACCAGAGUGUCCGCAGCUCAAGUGGUCUUCUUAAGAACCUGCACCUGGAUGUUGGGGCACUGGGAGGUGACUUUGACUAUGAGGAGUCUCCCAGAACAAGCCAGCCAGAGGAGAAGAAGGAUGUUUCUUUGGAUUCAGAUGCUGCCGGCCCCCUUACUCCCAGCAAGCAUUCGAGCCAAGGUGCAGACAGCAGUCUGAGCAGUGCCGAUGGCAAAGGGCGACAGAGAAGAAGGACAAGUCCUGCGCUCUCAGAAAAAGAAGAGAAUGAGAAGAGUGAGCCUGGGGCUUCCAGGAGUCUGCCGCCCUCCAGGGUGGGCCCCGGGGGAGAUGAGCCUGCCAAAGCCUCUAAAAAGGACAUGGUGGAUGCAGGAGAGAAGGGUUCCAGGAAGGAAGAGGUGAAGGAACCUUCUGCCCCAAAAGAGAGCAGAUCAGAUGCUAGCCAGGAGUCAGAGAUUAGCGAACAAAUGAAGGAACCACAGCUCUCAGACUCCACGGCUUCUGACCUCAAGUCCUUCCUUGGCCUGGACUUUGGUUUUCGCAGCCGGAUCUCGGAGCACCUGCGGGAUGUUGACAUGCUUUCCCCAGUCCUGAAUGGAGCCCACUGGGAGGCCCAGGAGUUAGGAAGAGAAGACAAGGAUCAUAGCCAGUCCAGCCAGGAUGAGCUGCAGAGCAAGCAGUCCAAAGGCCUAAAGAGUUCUCUUCCUGCUCUCCAAAUGGAGGAGCCUGACUCUGCGGCUCCGGCUGGCCUGACCAGGUUGUCUCCUCCACUUCUGCAUGGGGAGCAGCUCCAAAGUCCCCUUCAUAGCCAGUCCUCCAAAGAAGGGCCUCCGCAGGCCCCUGAGGGGCAGCCUGAAUGGAAGGAGAUAGAGGAGCUUGGGGAGGACUCUGUGGCCAGCCCCAGCCCACCGGUUUCCCUCCAGAGCUCUUUGCCCCCAAAUGGGGAGUGUCGUGAGCAUCUCACCUUCCUACUGGGUUUAACACAAUUGCCAUCAAGGGAGCAGGCCCCAAGCCCACCUGCCACCCAUGAGAGGGGCAAGAAGCAGCGCUGCCAGGCUGAGGAGCUGAGUCCUGGGCAGGAAGAGGCAGAGGAACUUGAGGAGAAGGUGGCAGUCAGCGCCACCCCGCCAGUCUCUCCAGAGGUGCGAUCCACAGAGCCUGUGGCUCCCCCAAAGCAGCUCUCAGAGGCUGCGCUAAAGGCCAUGGAAGAGGCAGUGGCUCAAGAACUCGAGCAAGAGCAGAGGCGGCUGCUGGAGUCGAAGCGAGAGAAGAUGCAGCAGCUGCGGGAGAGGCUGUGGCACGAGGAGGAAGAGGAGAUCCUCCGGCUCCACCAGCAGAAGGAGAAGUCUCUCAGUUCCCUGAAGGAACAGCUGCAGAAAGCCACUGAAGAGGAGGAGGCCCGCAUGAGAGAGGAGGAAAGCCAGAGGCUAUCCCGGCUUCGAGCUCAGGUCCAGUCCAGCACAGAGACAGACAAGGACAGAAUCAGGGCUGAGCAAGAGACUUCCCUGCAGAGGCUGAGAGAAGAGUUAGAGGCUCAACAGAAAGCCGAGAGGGCCAUCUUGGAACAGAAAAACAGGCAAAUGCUGGUGCAGCUCAGGGAAGAAAUGGAGGCAUCAGAGAAGAGCGAGCAGGCUGCCCUGAAUGCCACGAAGGAGAAGACUCUGCAGCAGCUGAGGGAGCAGCUGGAAGGCGAGAGGAAAGAAGCGGUGGCAAGGCUGGAGAAGGAGCACAGUGCUGAGCUGGAGCGGCUCUGUUCCUCACUGGAGGCCAAGCACCGGGAGGUGGUCUCCAGCCUCCAAAAGAAGAUAGAGGAAGCUCAACAUAAAGACGAAGCCCAGCUACAGGAGAGCCUUGGGCGGGCAGAGCAGAGAGCUUUCCAGAAGGUUCACCAAAUGAUUGAGUAUGAGCAAGAGCUCAGCAGUCUCCUGCGAGAGAAGCGCCAAGAGGUAGAAAGGGAGCACGAGAGGAAGCUGGACAAGAUGAAGGAGGCGCACCAGCAAGUGAUGGCUGAGGCCAGGGAGCAGUAUGAAGCUGAGGAGAGGAAGCAGCGGGCUGACCUCCUGGAGCACCUGACCGGGGAGCUAGAGCGCCUCCGGAGGGCCCAUGAGCGAGAGUUGGAGACGGCGAGGCAGGAACAGGACAAGCAGCUUGAGGACUUGCGGCGCCGGCACCGGGAGCAGGAAAGGAAGCUCCAAGAUUUAGAGAUGGAACUGGAAAUCAGAACUAAAGAUAUCAAGGCCAGGUUGGCUCAGCUGGAUGUUCAGGAGGAGACGGUCCGGAAGGAGAAGGAGCAGCUGCUUGACGUGCAGAGGCAGGUUGCUCUGGAGAGUGAGGAAGCCACAGCCACCCAUCAGCAACUGGAGGAGGCAAAGAAGGAGCACACCCACCUGUUGGAGUCAAACCGGCAGCUCCGUAGAAUGCUUGACAAACUUCGGUCCCGCAAGUUGGAGUUGGAGUCCCAAGUGGAUCUGCUGCAGACUCAGAGCCAGAGAUUGCAGAAACGCAUCAGCAGCCUGGAGGCAGAAGCGCAGAGGAAGCAGGACCUGUUGGAAGAGCUGAGAAUUGAGGAGAGUAAUGCUUCUGCACAUUUCGAGCCGGAACUCCGCAUUGAGGACCUGAGGAAAUCCCUUGGGACAAACCAGACCACAGAGGUAUCCUUUUCUCUCUCCCAGGACAAGGAGGACCUGUCCUUGGACAAUGUCCGGCACUACCUCUCUGCCGAGGGGGUAGCCCUCCGUAAUGCCAAGGCGUUCCUGGUGCAGCAGACACGCUCCAUGCGGAGGCGGCAGACAGCUCUGAAAGCUGCCCAGCAGCACUGGCGCCGUGAGCUGGCCGGCGCUCAGGAGGCAGCCGAAGACCCAACAGGCACCAAGGCCCUGGGAGAUGUGCGCAGGAACCUGGAGGAGGAGACCAGGCACCUGGGUGAGAUGAAGUCAGCUAUGCGGAAAGGCCACGACCUGCUGAAGAAGAAAGAGGAGAAGCUAAAUCAGCUGGAGUCCUCUCUUCAGGAAGAGGACUUAGGUGAGGACGCUCUGAAAGAAACCCCUGCCAAGAAGGUGACUUUCGACCUCAGCGACUUGGACGAGAGAGGGACCCCCACCAAGAAGAUGACUUUCGACCUCAGUGACUUGGACGACACGAGCAGUGAAAGUUCUGAUUCUUGCUCCUCGCCUCGCAUCAACUUGUCCUCAAGUCACAUCAUCCCUGACAAGAUCCACAACUUGAGCAGCUCCCUGCAGCGGAUCAGCGGCCAGCUGAACUCUGUCCUGGGCCUCCUGGGCAGCCUCAACGCUCAGCCGCCACCGCUCUUCACGUCCACGCCAGUGCAUGGCUCCCCCUGGGCCCCCAAGAGCAUCCCUGCUCCCACCUACUGUCCCUCCCUGGCCAGGGCCUCAGCCUCAUCCCCUGUGGCACCCACGUCCACCUCCUGGGCCUGGGACCCGGGGCUGGGCCCCAGGCUUUCCUCCUCCGUAUCUCAGACAGUGGACGACUUCCUGCUGGAGAAGUGGCGCAAGUAUUUUCCGUCUGGCAUCCCGCUGCUCAGAAGCAGCCCUGCCCCCACGGAGAACAGGCUGGGUUACGUGUCUGCCAGAGGGAAGUCAAGUCCACACCGCCAAAGUCCCAGUGGACCCAGCCAGCUCCACCAAGAAGCAGCCCUGUGGCACCUGUGGGGAGAAAUCAGCCCCUGUGAGCAGCUCCGCCUCCUGCAGCGCCCACAUUUGCAAAUCCCCCAGGCGGGCAGCACCAACUUUCAGGGUGUGAUCGAGGCUAACCGAAAGUGGCUAGAAAAUUUCAAGAAUGACUCCAAGUUCCAGACAUCUCUUCUCGGUGCCCAAGCCAGCAGCCACGUCCAGCCUCCUGCAGCUGGGCCUGGAUGAGCACAGGAGGCUGAAGGUGUUUCACUACUAAGGGCUGAGCCCGGGCUUUGGGGCAGCCUGGCUUCUCCUCCACCCAGACCUAGUGCCUGAGGAGCUGCCUGCACUUUAUUCCAUCUGAUGAAGCAUUCUCCUGUCCCCUUUGCCACUGGCCCCACUCAGGACUUGGGGGAGCCACCAGGAACCGGGGGUAGGGGGGUGGGUGAAACAGUAAGCCUCGCACUCUGUGCCCACGGAAUGUAUCUUGGGCUGAAAUGUGUGGACUUCUGCGAGCUGCUGCAUCGGCGUGGCAGACUGAUAAUUUGCGGCAGCUGUGGAGCAUUGGGACGCCAGCACCUUUGAGAGGACCCAGGGAAUGUGUGGAACUGGGUUGGUCCCUUGGCGCCCUGUAGGACAACGCUUGGGGCUCCCAUGGAGGUUGGGUAUAUGGUUCUCGAUUCACCGGGACAAAGCCCCCAGCAUGCUUGUACCCUGGGCCAGGCUCUGCUGGGCUCACACCUGCCUCUCUAGUACCUCAGCCUCAAAGAUCAGACCCUUUCAUUUUUCUUUUUCUUUUCUUUCCUUCUUUUUUAAUGUCUCCUUUCUUGAGCAUUCCAUCUUUCCUUUUGACUAUCUCAGGAUUGGGCCCAGCUGCCCAGAACCCUGCGGAAGGUUGCUGGGGGCCGUCCCUCUGCUGCACUGUGCUUUCCUCAGGGGCUGUCCGCAGGAGUGUCCCUCCUCUGUCCCUCGGGCUCCCCCCAGAGCCAUCCCAGCGAGUCUCAGGUCUCAAGCAUACAAUUUCUCCAGGAAGCCAGAAAGCCACGGGAAAGACUGGGAUGGCUUCUGGUUCUCAGUUUUUCUCUUCCUAGAACACCUUGGGUAUUCAUGAGUCCUUGUUUCCAUCUGUCUUUUCUACCUGUGCCUCCCUGGUGCCUGACCCCACUACUGCCACCUCUUCUCGGAGCCUGGCUGGCAAGGGGCCGGGCCAGGGCCUGGCACAGGCAGCAAGGGCUCUUGUACCUGUUGCCGCUCUGGCAGAGCUUCCUGCAGCCCCACUUCCCAUCGGUGGGCUCCUUGGGGGGUGGGGGUAUUGCAGGAGAUGUUCUCUGACAUCUGUCUCAUUGUUUAAAUAAAAUGCCCCUGUUUUUCUUGUCUUGAAAGCCGUGGGGUUGCCCUUCCCUCUCUGAUGCACAGAAAGCAGUUCUCACUGUCCCCCUGUCAUUGCUCUAUCAUGCAAUAAGAAACUGCGAUCUAAUUGACUGCUUUACCCCUCAGAUACUUUUGAGGCAUCAUCCUGCCACACAGAAAAAGCCCAUUUUGUUAUUUGGCUCAUUCUGUGUGCUUUGGGAAUAGCUCAUGUGAUACAGCCAACUCUGGUGGUGACAAUCCUGUGUUUUCUGCAUCAAUUAAAUCUCUGCAGGUCCAUUUUCUACAA